AUGACAAUUCCAAUUGAUUUAUCUUCAGAAGCUGAUAGCACAAAUGACAUAUUUGAUAGUAAUGAGUCUUGUAUUAUGAAUCAAGAUACUCUUAUUUCUGCUUUUACUUCAAAUGUAAACACAUUUAUGGAAUCUGAAACAAAGCUUAAUAUCGAAAAUCUAGCAGAUCUUACUUUAUUAUUUUUUAAUUUUAAUAUCACAGAAUCGUAUAGUAAAGAAUUUAGACCGCAACAUAAACAAACAUCAAGCAAAGGUCAUGAAAAUAUGGACUUCAAAGCAUCGAAUAUUGUUGAUGAGGUCUUAGAAAUUGAAAAUGACAAUAAUUAG